UCGUUCACAUUCGUUUAACGUUCUUGAUUUUCUGUGCCUUUCGUGAUCACGCUUCAUCUCGACCGGUACCUCCAUCUUGUUUGUUUCAUCAAUAGAAAUAGUGCGAGAUUUUUGGACCGAUUAAAAAUUGUUUUGAAGUGUUUUUAUACGUGUCUGGAAUACAUUGAACGGUAAUAAAAACUGUGAAUAUGUCUCACGGCGGUAGGAAUGAAUGUAGAAUUUAUGUGGGCAAUUUACCACCCGAUAUAAGAACCAAAGACAUUCAGGACCUUUUCUAUAAGUUCGGUAAAGUUAUCUUUGUUGAUUUAAAAAAUCGUAGAGGACCACCGUUUGCAUUCGUCGAAUUCGACGACCCAAGAGAUGCUGAAGAUGCAGUGCAUGCAAGAGAUGGAUAUGAUUAUGACGGGUAUAGAUUAAGAGUGGAAUUUCCAAGGGGUGGUGGACCUAGUAAUAAUUUCCGAGGUGGACGUGGAGCUGGUGACAGUGGGAGAGGUGGUCGUGGUGAAAUGAGUAAUUCUCGAGGUCGUGGGCCACCUGCAAGAAGAUCUCAAUACAGAGUUCUUGUUACUGGAUUACCACCAUCUGGUAGUUGGCAAGAUCUAAAAGAUCAUAUGCGUGAAGCUGGUGAUGUGUGUUUCGCUGAUGUUUAUAAAGAUGGUACUGGAGUUGUUGAGUUCUUACGAUAUGAAGACAUGAAAUAUGCUGUGAAGAAGUUGGAUGAUUCCAGAUUUAGGUCCCACGAAGGUGAAGUAGCCUAUAUUCGAGUCAAAGAAGAUCAUAGCAGUGGCGAUAGAGGACGCAGCGAAGAUAGAGAGAGAGGACGAAGUCAUUCACGAAGCUAUAGUCCACGGCGUCGUGGUUCACCCACGUAUUCACCAUUACGGCGUAAUUACUCGCGAUCAAGAUCUCGUUCCAGAUCUCGUUCAUACGACUAGUGUGUACGUAUAUGUUUCACAUGGUAAUAUAAGUAAAGGCUUAUCGAUAUUUGCUUUACCAUGUUUCAUUAUUACUGAUUUGAAUUUCACUUAAAAACACCUUCCAAUCCAAAUCGAUUUUGUACAAAUUAUAAAAUUAUUACUUUUCACAUUGCUUGGAUUUAGUAAUUGUAUUGUAUGUAAUGUAUAGUUAGAGCACGGUUCAUUUUAUAUAUAUGAAAACUAUUUUUCAAUAAUUUUACCAUUAUUUUUGUUUAAUUAUUUUUUAUUUAUAAAUUCAUUAUUUUAUAAAGACGUAUUCGAAGUUAAUGAUUCAGAUAAACUGAAUAGCGAUUAGAUUUUCUAACAGUACAAUAUUAGCAUAAAGUUACAAUGUCAUUCAUUGCUUGAAUAAAGAGGAAUCGUGCUCACAUUAAUUGCAUAUUAUUGUUGAUGGUAUAUUGAUUAGAGUUACUUUUAUGUUUAAAAAAAUACAUUCCUUUGUAUUUUACAAUUUAUUUUGACACCACAACUACAUUUGAAAUGUGUAACAAUUUUGAAGUAUUAUGGAUGAGAACCUAAAAUACAAUGACUAAUAUAACCAGUUAUUUAAUUAGUAUUCACACGGCUAAGUAUCUUUUGUGGUUACCAAUCUUGCCUAUGUUCAGAGUGAAUGUUCUCAUUUAAUGAAUUAAUAUGCGAUCAUUCUCAUUGCACUGCACAACAUCACAAUUGGUAAAUAUAUUAGAAUACUUAACUCGAUGUGAAUACAAGGCUUUGAUUGUCGUUUUACAUUUAUUUAUUCACAAUUGCAGUGACGAGGACAGCACAGUUUUAAGCAUAUUUAACAUCUAAAAUUUUCUUCAAGCUUCUAAUGCUAAAAUGCUUAUCAUAAACAUUUAUGAAGCUAACAUAUUAUUUUUUCGUUGUUAAUUGCCGAAAAUUAUUCUGCAAAUGUAAAAACAAAAGCAAUGCUAUGAUAAAAUUACAUAUUUUUAAUAUGUAUAUAUAGUACGCGGAUAAAAAAGCAUUAUACAGUGUAAUUAAAACAUUGCAAUAGAUUUUCGAUCGAUCACUUUUUCUUUAUCUAUAUACACAUAUAUACAUAUAUACAUAUUUCAUAGUUCUGGCAAAUCUAUCAAAAAGAUAACAUCUUGGUCGAAGUAUUAAUUUUAUCAGAUAACUCGCGCGUAUGUAUAAAUACAUCAAGGUUGUUCACACGGCUCAUCGUCGUUUAAAUUAUCACGAAAUUUUAAGUAAUUCUGUUUUGACUAUAUAAUGAUGACAAUACGACAUACUCCAUGUGCUGAAAAUAUAAUACUUAGAGAAUGUAAUACAUCGAUAUCCAUCAAACGAUGGUUCAUAUAAGGCAUAAUGUUUGAUAAACGUAGGUAAAAGAUUUAUUUUUUGCUAAACGGUUAAUAGUCAUAUGGCCAAUUUGCUUUGGAAAAGAGACUUUCACGACUAUCGUUUAUUAUGUAUUCUUGUCAUUCACUUGACCUAAUAACAAAUUAAAGUACAUUUCGUACAUUCUAGUGUUCUUUAACGACGAACAUCGGGCCACACUUCUAGUUUGACGAAAAAACACUCUGUACCAUGUACUACUUAAACAAAAACAGAAAAAAAAAGAAAAGAGAGAUAUCUAACUAAAAAUUAUUAUUGUUAAGGAUGUAAUAACAUAUCUGUUACAACCAUAUGGAUAUACCCUGUGAAAUAUCCAUAUCGAAGUAAAUUUUAAGUUAUACACGACUUAUCUGAAGAAAUGUGUUUUAACAAUCAGAUGAACAAUUGACAAAAUAUUUUCUAUCGCACAUUUCUCGGUUAACGUUUUCCUUUCGAAGAUCAUGCUUUUAUCCGAUAUCCAUGAUACCAGAGAAUUAAUCUGAAUCUUAAAUUCUUUAUGGUUCAUUCGAAACGUCGAAGGAAAACAAUUAUUUCGUGUAUUCUUGAGACUAAUUAUUAUUGCAAAUAAAUACCGUGACUUUCACUUGCUCUCAAUGCCCGAUAUUCGCGUCGAACAUCAGCAAAGUUUGAUUCCUUUGCAUAACAUGUUUGCUCAGUUUAUCGUAAAUUGUCGCAUGCCCCGUGUACCGUGAGUCACAGGUAUUCGAUUUGCAAUGGUACAUUUUAUAUAUAACAUUAAUGCAUAUUGUAUAAGGGACUAAUGUAUUUUUUCUUCUUUUGUAUAUUGGAUUGGAUUAUAACACAAUGAAUGAAAAACUGAAAUCGACACGAUCUUGCUUCUUGGAUGGAUAUAAUACACAUUCGCUUGACGGUGGGAUGAGAUGGAAUGCGUUUUGGAUGGAUUUUGUAUGGAGCAUAUAUUAUAAAAAGGAUUAAAGACGUAAAAAAAAUGAGAAUGAAAAUAAUGAGACAGUAAGGAAUACUUUCAAGAGGAAGUUCAGGAUCAGGAAAGGAAUAAUCGGAUGAAAGAAGGGAUCCAUUUCAUUCAAGGAUUCUCAAUUAGCUGGAUUUUCAUCAGAAA